CAACUCUGUUUGAAUUCAUGGAACAAGCUGCUGGAAUAGUGAGCUAGAAUACACCAGUACCGAAGCUUCUAUCCAACCACAAUGCAGUCACUCUAUAUACUAGCAUAUCUAACAUUUUUCGCAACAUCGAUCCAACCAAGCCAAAUUUGCGCUCCUCUUCGCCAUCGCAUAAAGCACCAAUUUCAUGCUGUUCGCCAUUGCCAGCGUUCAAAGCGUACCGUAAUUGGACUCAUCAAUGCCGAUACGGUUAGCGAGUGUGCCGAAUAUGCCCGAAGAAAACACGGUAUGGCAUUCAACUAUGGACCCAAGAACCGCGGUCAAGUUAAUUUAUUCGAGUUGAGCACGAUUCGGAAAGAAAAUGGAACGGGAAACUCACCGCACCCUUCUAAGGGAACUGAUGCAAUCACUACCGAACCGGAGGAAUUCUAUAACUGUCAAAUACUGGACUGUGCCGAGCAUCGGAAUCUCUCAUCGAUCGUUAACGAUACCCGGUUUGAUUACUAUAGUUUGUACACCAGGCCUCUUCCACAAGAUAACGCAACCUGCGUACCGUCUAUUGGAAUGCUUGUUGUGGAGGAUCGUAAACUGAAUUAUUCGCUAGCAUUUAACGAAUGUCAAUCGAUGGGUGGAAGUUUAGCGCAUGUGGCCAGCGAAGCAAGAACUAACCUCAUAUCACACCUCUGUGCGGACGUCUCUUUGGCGGCGAAUAAAUCAGCUGCUAACGCUAGUGGCGAAAUGUAUUAUGUUGGUCUCAACGGAACCGAAGGGAACAAAUUCUUUACUUCCGCCAAGGAACCAUUAGAUUGCUUCCUCUAUCGAGCGUGGGCUCCGGGACAUCCAAGUAAUGUUAAUCAACCAGGGUGCGUCGCAUUAUCGUCAAACAGGUCGUGGACUGUCCACAAAUGCAACAAACCGCUUGCAUUUAUUUGCGAAUUGCACACAUCCGGACCGCCAAAACAUGAAGUACGCCUGAAGCGGAAAUGUUCGGUGAAACGGCCAAACAAUCGGAUUGCACCCGGGAAAAAGAUUUUGUUAUCGUAGAACAAAUUGAUGUUCAAAUGUUUAUUAAGAUAACAAGCCUACAUAAAUAUACAUAGUAAAUCUUUGGUAACUUCGGUGUUCCUUUAACUUUCUACACGUUUAAAGAUAGAAUCACACAUAGAUUUUAGAGCCAAUCGGGAAUUAGACUUAAUGUAUUUCAACGUUAUCACAUACAUCUGGUUAAAUUUGUGCUACGCUAAAAAAGUUAUUGUUGUUAAAUCUAUGAUUUCAUAGCGUUGGCAAGCGUAUAUAAUUGAUUGGCUGAAACGUGUUUUCUGAACUGUUAAAUUUAUACUAUAUUCUGGUUUUGUUCCUUAAACUCGAAAGCGCAUUAUUGCGUGCGUCAAUUCAACAGCAGCACCCGUGUUUUAUGAUGGUUCGAGCAGGAGAAUUUUAAGCUCGUCCCAAUUUUACUUCAGUGUUUAGCUUCGUUCAGGCUUUUUUGCUCUUCUUAACCAGAAGUUCAUCGAUGGAUUUUUCCACAUCGGCGAAAAUUUCAU